AUGGCCCGAGAGCCCAGGCUGGGGUGGUGCUUCCACUGCUGCCAGGUGGUCCGGGUCUUCACACCAAGUACCAUUGGUGGGUCCUUGCAGGAGGCCUCAGUGCUGGGCCUCAGGCCUUAUCACCAAGCAUCUUUUUUCGCACAGCCAUCCAGAGUGAGGAAGACCCGGAAACUUCAGGGCUACGUGAGCCAUGGCCACAGCCGCAUCAGCAAGCACAGGAAGCACCCAGGAGGCCGAGGUAAUGCUGGUGGCUUGCAUCAUCACAGGAUCAACUUUGAUAAAUAUCACCCAAGUUACUUUGACAAAGUUGGUAUGAGGCACUGUCACUUAAAGAAGAACCAGAGCUUCUGCCCCACUGUCAACCUGGAUAAACUGUGGACCUUGGUCAGUGAGCAGACGCGGGUCAAUGCUGCCAAAAACAAGACAGGAGCCGUUCCCAUCAUUGACGUGGUGCGAUGGGGCUACUACAAAGUUCUGGGGAAGGGAAAGCUCCCAAAGCAGCCUGUCAUUGUGAAGGCCAAAUUCUUCAGCAGAAGAGCUGAGGAGAAGAUUAAGAGUGUUGGUGGGGCUUGUGUGCUGGUAGCUUGAAGCCACAUGGACGGGAAAUCAUUAAAUGUUCACAAGUGAAAAAAAAAA